GAUCCUUUGUAGUUAAAUAAUUUUGUUUACAUUUUAUGCUUAGAAUUUGUACUUAUGAAGGGAAGGAAAAUUUACUUAUGAUCUAAAUUACAAGCUUAAUUGAUAAAUCUUGAGAAAGCAGUAGAUUGAUUUCUAGAUUGCUACUCCAUGGGAAUUGAAAGAUAAAUAAUUAGGAUCUUAUGGAAUGAUGGUGUGGAUUCUAAUACCUUAGUUAUUUUUCUUAUAAAUUUAAAUCUUAAUUUCAGUUUAUUGUCAUUUCCGUAUUUGUUUUAUGCUUUAUUUAAUUUUCUUUAUGAACAAACAAAUCACCAUUUAAAUCAACUAGGUUGGCAAUGAAAUUAACUUGGGUAUAAUUGGUUUUCUAUCUUUACACGCAAUCCCUUGGGUACGAUCUCGCUCUUACACGCUUAUGCUAUAUUCGAUUCGUGCGCUUGCGAGUUUAUAAAUUUUAAAAGAAACCUCUUUUGAGGCACAACAUGUUGUUCCCUAACCACACUAAUAAAAAUGGUGCCAUGUCAACUGGUUCAUUCCCGUGCAUUUGUUGCUAACUUUGAUUGAUUAUUAUUGAACUAAUUAUCUCACCACUGUACCAGCGUAAGAACCACUGCGGGAAUUGUUUGACCCUGAGGGAGAUGACCAAGGUUGAGAUUCUGGUAUUAGGCUCCGGUUCAAUUUUAAGUGGCGAAAACCAAGAACCGAACCUAUUCAAGUCAAAACCUAUUUUUUCAGUUUGGUUUACCGAUUUAUCGGUUUAUGAAAUGUCCUUAAUAAAUUUCGAUUAAUUGGAUUUUUUUUGUUAUUAAAAGUUUUUUAAACUUGGAAUUUUCUGAUAAAAUAACAAAACAUGAAAGUUUUUUAUAUGAAAAACAAAACUUUAUUUUGGACCACACCCAGAUUCCGGAUGAUGUCAAGAAUCCAUACCGAAUAACCCAUGCCAACCAUCCACUGCCAAUUUCAUCCAAAAACUAUCCACCGUCAGAUCCCACCCAAACCCACCAAUCCGUCACCAAUCCGCUUGAACCAGCUUACCUCAUCUCAACCGUCGAUUCCUAAGCGUUCUCAAACCCAAUCCCACGGCCGAAGCCACACUCCAAGUCAGCGAUCCGCGUGAAAGCUCAAUACCCAAUAGAAUCCAACCCUCGGCAUAUAUAAAUAUACUUCCUUCCUCACUACUCAGUCAUCACAAAAAAUAUCCCAACUCUCAAAUCCAUUUCGUAAAAUCCCCAAAUUCCCAACCUCAAACCUUUCUCUCACAACUCCAACAAUGGCGCCCAAAGCUGAGAAGAAGCCGGCCGAGAAGAAGCCUGCUGAGGAGAAGAAGUCCACAGUCGCUGAGAAAGCCCCGGCGGAGAAGAAGCCCAAGGCCGGCAAGAAGCUCCCGAAGGAAGCCGGAGCCGCCGCAGGAGAUAAGAAGAAGAAGAGAUCGAAGAAGAGCGUAGAGACCUACAAGAUCUACAUCUUCAAGGUUCUGAAGCAGGUCCACCCUGAUAUCGGGAUCUCCAGCAAGGCCAUGGGCAUCAUGAACAGUUUCAUCAACGACAUCUUCGAGAAGCUCGCUCAGGAGUCUUCGAGGCUUGCGAGGUACAACAAGAAGCCGACGAUUACUUCUCGGGAGAUUCAAACUGCUGUGAGGCUCGUGCUUCCCGGUGAGCUCGCCAAGCACGCCGUUUCUGAAGGGACCAAGGCGGUGACCAAGUUUACAAGCUCUUGAAGGGCGUUGUUGGGCUGUGGAUUGGAAUGGCUGCUCUUUGAUUAGGGUUAGGGUUGUAAUUAGUAAAUGUGUAUUUUUCGUUCCUGCUCUGGUUCAUAUAAUAUUCGGUGUUCUGCCUAUAUGUUGUUGGAUUGUGUAGGAUUUUUUGAUUGGGAAUCCUACCGUAUGGCAUUUUAUACAAUGCGUGUGAUUUUUGACCCAAUUUUUUUUCUAUCUAGUGCUUCAAUUUUGUGAAAGAUUGGGUUUUUAUGUUAUUCUGCUCUUAGUGCUCAUGUCGUAGAAUGCCAUUUGUUCUUCGUUUUAUAGAGAUUUUGGUUCUCAGUA